AUUCGGGAAGGUUGUAGCCAGCAGAAGAACACUCUGCACGCUGAUUUCAAUCAAUUAGAAGCAAAUUUUCAAAAACCCUCCAUUGAAAAUCAAAAACCCUCAAAAUCACUAGGGUAAUGGAUGCAGAUACAGCUUUAGAGUUGGUGAAGAAAGGCGCUGCUCUUCUUUUUCUCGAUGUUCCUCAACACACACUUCUUGGCAUCGAUACUCAGAUGUUUUCUGUGGGACCUAACUUCAAAGGUAUCAAGAUGAUUCCUCCAGGUCCUCACAUUAUCUACUACAGUUCUUCAAACAGAGGUGGCAGUGAGUUUUCACCGAUGAUUGGUUUCUUUAUUGAUUUGAACCCUUCUGAGGUAAUUAUCCGUAAAUGGGAUCAACGAGGAGAACGACUAGUCAAAGUAUCAGAAGAAGAGGAAGAAAGAUACACUCUAGCUGUACAAGGCCUGGAGUUUGACAGGUACCUUGGACCUUAUACGUUAAGCCAGUUUGGAGAGUGGAAGAUGUUAUCAAACUACAUUACAAAGAGUACCAUCGAACGAAUUGAACCCAUUGGAGCAGAGAUCACAGUUAUCCAUGAACCCGACAUUCUUGAAAACAGUCACAAAACUGUGAUGGAGGAAGCUUUAUCUGAGCAGUUAAAGAGAAGCAAGAUUCUAAUAUCUGAUGAUAAGCUCGAAAAAAGAGGUUGUUACUACACGAAAAUACCCCGUCUAAUUAAGCAAAAGGGAAUCCUCGGGCAAGAGCUUACUUUCUUGAAUCUUGACAAGACAAACCUAUUGGAAAGCAUAUUGAUGAAAGACUAUGGAGGGGUCGAGGAUUUGCUUCUUGCGGAGCUGCAAUUUGCUUUUGUUGCAUUUUUGAUGGGACAAUCACUUGAAGCAUUUCUUCAAUGGAAAGCUUUUAUUAACCUUCUAUUUGGUUGUACCGAAGCUCCUCUCCACACGCGGAGUCAUCUAUUCACCAAGUUUAUCAAGGUCCUCUAUUAUCAACUCAAAUAUGCAUUUCAUAAAGAACACACAGAUACUAAUGGUGCUGCCAAGGGGCCUCUGACGUUAUUAGAUGAUUCCUUUCUAUCUGCUGACAGUUUUCUUCAACACCUGUGCAAGGAGUUCUUUUCACUUGUGUUUGAAGCCGAGGUUGUUGAUGGCGACCUUUUGUCGUGGACAAGGAAACUGAAAGAAUUGCUGGAGAGGUCUCUUGGGUGGGUUUUUCAGACGGAGAACAUGGGAGAUGGCAUCUGUUAUGACGAAGACGAUGAGUUUGCUCCGGCGGUUGUGAUGCUGGAUGAGCCAAGUGACGGUUAAUUUCCCGCUAUGCUGUUAAUUGCGGCGAUAUCUCGGAUAGCGGUCCUUUGCAAAAUAUCGAAUUUACCGCAAUUUUGACCGAUAUUUAGAGUAAAUUGUGUUCGAUAUUAACGUUAGGGAUGAAGGGGGAGAGUGGGAAGCUAGCCUAAACGAAGAAGUGAACGUAUUAGAUGAUGUUGACUCAGAUGUUGAACCUAUUGCUUACGAUUGGCUCGUUUAUGAACACUUUUACUAUUUUGCAAAUGAUAUGUUUAUGUAGGCAUAUUGUAUAUAUAUAAUUAUAUAUAAUUCUAAGAAAUAUU